UGUAAUUUUGUAUAUGUCCGUUAAAUAUGGCGGAUCACAAGUCCGGAGUAAACAAACAAUCCAAUUGCAAGGCAAAUUUUUGCCCAAACUGUGCGUUUCCUGUGGAAAAAGGUUACAACUUUUGUCCAGGAUGCGGUAAUGACAUAAAAACAAAUGCAAAUGGAGAUGCCGAGGCUAAAAGGGAGCUUGAAAAUUUGAAAACCACCAACAAGUUAUCGUUGCCGAGUUUUGCUCUACCAAGCUUUGCUGCUUUCAAAACAUCGAAAGAAAAAGAGCGACAAAGUUUUUUCUCCAAAAAAAGUGGUCGACUAAACAAAAAACGAAAAGUUCAGGUAAAGGAAGUCUGUAUUCAGGUCGGCGUUAUGGAUGACUGCCUGAAAAUAAAACGUGGUGAAACUCUCCCCUUAAAAGUUAAUUCGAUGGCAAUGUAUGACGAGAUCCUUGCAGCUGCAAUAAAAAAGCAUCGUGAUUUCAAUAAGCGUUUUGACAGUGAGUCAAACUACCAGCUAGUGUUUAAAGAUGGAGGCGAUGCGACUACUAUUCCUGGCACCGAUCCUGUUGAAUCAUUCACACUGCAGCGGUAUAAAGAAUUAUCAGGAUUUGGAUUUUCGCGUAUAGUUUUGUAUCUUUCCCGGGAGGCAGACAACCAUGACUUAGAUAUGUUUGAAGACGAAGAGACCUAUCUCCCGCCAGCUACCUGGUUAACCAAUAGCAAUGCCAAUAGCCAUUGUCUUCUGGACGAAAAAACAACCUCAAGCAAUGUGACAACUGUUGAAAAUUCAAAAAUUGUUGAAAAAGAAGAUUCUAUGAUACCACAGACAUCUUCAGGAGUCAUGCACAUGUGUGAUCCAUGGAUAAUAAGUGUAAGUGACAGCAGUGAUGAUGAAGAAUUAUUCACACCAAUCUCGAAAGCUGUUAAAAGGGAGGAAAUUCCUCCCUGUGAAGAUGUUUUAGAUGUGGCAGCUUUAUUAAGAAGUCAUUUUACUUCCAAUGUGCUGCUUUCCAAGACUGUCACAUUUGUUAUCCGGAGAUCCAAACCUUGGAAGAGCUUCAUGCGGAAUGUCAUGGAUAAUAAGUUUGACGACUCUAUGAAUUUUGAGGUCAAGUUUUCAGACAGCAUGGAAACUGUUGAUGACCACGGGCCCAAACGAGAGUUCUUACGAGUACUGAGAAACGAUCUUGUGGAACGUUCUGGCAUUUUUCAGCCAACUGGAAAAGCCGGAGCUUAUGUGUUGACACAUAACGCCCAAAAGUUACAAAGCCACGAGUACUAUUUGGCAGGAAGAGCAUUUGCAACAGUGUUGAUUUUUGGUGGUGACCCUCCAUGUGUUCUUUCAAAAUCAAUUUACGGCUAUAUGACCGUCGGAUAUGACAAUACACAGCCGUCCAUCGACGAAAUUCCUUAUUCAUCAGAUAGAGAGAAUCUUUCUAGGCUCAUGGGAACUGAAAAUCAAGAGCAGCUAUCUGCACUAUUAAGAGAUGAAGCCGUGUCUGAUCUUAUUCUUGACGCGGGCUAUCAAAAUCUAUCGUUCAAAUUCGACAAAGUCAAAUCAGUGGUGGACAGCGUUGUGAAGUACUUAGUAAUUGGAAAGUGCAGUGAUGUUGGAUCCAACAGAAGGGAAAAGGAGGAAGACAUUUACGAGUUUUGGGUGUCAUUCGUCCAAAGCACUUCAGAACCGAACUCAGUUGUGCAACCGAAGGAUAUCUUGCGUUUCGCCAGUGGCUGUGAACGGGAACCGUUGCUUGGAUGGGGUGUAGACAAACAUCCUGCACUGAUGUUUAUCGCAGCUUAUGAGGAAAUAGAUCCCUUGUGCGAAUCAAAGUUACCUCAAGCUAGAACAUGUGGGCCAACGAUUUUGUUACCUACAGCCACCUACAUUGAUUCCAACGACUUCAACGACAAGAUGGUAACGGGAAUAGUCAAUUCGCCUCAAAUCUUACUUGUUUGA